AUGUCGGGACCAGCCGCCGAGCUUAUGGAGUCUGCCCCCCUCUCGGCGCCGUCCUGCCCAAGGCCAAAGCCCCGAGCACGCACCCGGCCGUCCGCGCCGCCCGUGGCGGCCUUCACGGCGUCACUCGAGGCCGAGACGGCGGCGUUCAACGGCUCCGCCGUCUCCAUCGGCGUGAAAUCGGCGCUCGAGGACGCGCCGCUGGUGGACUUCCACUUCACGCCGCGCGAGCGCGACCCGCGGGGCGCGCAGGCCGUCGACAGGCACACGGCGUACCGGCUCGCGAGUGUGUCCAAGCUGUUCCCGGUGCUGGCGGCGCUGCAGCGCGGAGACGUGAUCGGGUGGGAGGACCCGCUGACCAAGUUCAUCCCGGAGCUCAGGGACGCGCCCAAGGGGGCGCUGGACUACCACGACUGGGAGGAGAUCACCGUCGAGGCCGCGGCUACGCACAUUGGCGGCAUUUCGGGCGAAAUGACGACGGAUGGCGCAGCGUAUCCUGGAGACUGGGAGGCCAUCGGACUGCCUCCCGUCGCCGAGGAGGACAAGCCGACUUGCGGAGGUUUCUUGGGCGUCCCGGCCUGCACCAGAGAAGAGUUUUUGAACGUGAUAAGAACCAGCCGUCCGCCAAGCUAUCCCGCCUACCAGACACCCGUCUACUCGAACCUCGGCACGACUCUCGUGGGGCUCGCCGUCGAGGGGGCCACGAACAAGACGCUUGAGGAGGUGCUGCUCGGGUCCAUCCUGGGCCCCGCCGGGAUGGGCAACACGACGUACGGCAAGGUCCCUGAGAACCUAGAGACUCUGUUCAUACCCGCCGACGACACGUACUACGAACUUCCCUUGGGUGUAUUUGACCCGGCCGGCGGGAUGUACUCCACCACGGCCGACUUGCUCCGCCUCGGCGACGCCAUCCUGCAGAACAGGCUGCUGAGCCCGUCCAAGACGCGCAGGUGGCUCAAGCCGACAACGUUCACCUCGGCGCCCGGCAGCUUCGUCGGCAAGCCGUGGGAGGGCAUCGCCUCGGACAACCUGACGGCGGACGGGCGGCUCGUCGAGGUCUACACCAAGGGCGGCGACAUCAUCAGCUACCACUCCCUCCUCGUCGUGGUGCCGGAGUACGGCAUGACCAUGUCGGUGCUGGUCGCGGGGCCCGAGGUCAGCGGCGGCCUGUUCUCGUACUGCAUGCUCAAGGCGAACGAGCUGCUGCCGCCGCUCGUCAAGGCGCUCGACGAGGCGGCGCGGGACGACGCGCGGCGGGACAUGGUCGGCACGUACGCCGACGAGGCGGCCAACUCGACGCUGACCAUCGCGGCGGACGCCGGGUGGGGCCUCCGGCUGGAGGGCUGGCGCAUGCGGGGGUUCGAGGUGCUCCCGAACCUGGCGCGGUACAGCUUCCUCGGCGUCAACAACACGGACUCGCCGCCGGUGCCGGAGCCGGCGGCGAGGCUGUACCCGACGGGGCUGGAGGAGGGGAACCGGACGGCGUGGAGGGCGCUGUUCGACACGUCCUCCGCCGCGAGGCGGGACGCCAUGGACGACGUCAUGUUCUACGCCAACGCGUCCUGCUUCUCGUGGGGUUCGAUUGACCGGGCGACGUACAGCUACAAGGCGUUGGACCACUUCGAGCUCACGUACGGGGACGACGGGCGGGUCGAGAGCGUGUUGCCGAAGCCGUUCGCGCUGAGCCUGACGAGGGUCGAGGAGGAGGGGGGGGCGAUGUAUACUGAUUCUUGAUGUUUCCCUCCCCCUUAGACUUCGGUGAAGCAAUAUGUUGU